CUACGUCACAUGACGCAGCCCAUCAUGGCGGUGGGAGCGCGGCUGCCCGGGCCCGCGGCUCCGCAGAGCGGCUGCCGUUGCUGCUGUUAAGAGGCGGUGGCGGUGGCGGCGCAGACGGGCGGGCGGGAAGGAUGGUGUGUCUGUGGUCUGAGCGGUGGGUGCGGACCAGGGGCCGGGCUGAGGUUGGGCUGAAGCGACGUGUGCUCUGGAGCAGCCGGCGCGGGUGCCGCUGAGGCGACGGAGGGAGGCAGGACCGACCGACCGACGGACGGACAGAAGACGACCCGAGAGCCGGCCCCCGAGCCGCGCUGUGGGCGAGAUGCCGGGGCCACCGGCGUCGCUGCUGCUGCUGUUGCUGCUCCUGGCCGCCGGCAAUGCCGGGGCCGCACCACUUCCGCAAACAGGUGCAGGGGAGGCCCCUGCUGCAGAAAUGUCCUCAUCGUUUGUGGUCCUCUCUGUGUGCAGUUUACUGGUGUUAAUCGUGUUGAUUGCAAACUGUGUAUCCUGCUGCAAAGACCCAGAGAUCGACUUCAAGGAAUUUGAAGAUAAUUUUGAUGAUGAGAUAGAUUUCACCCCACCAGCAGAAGAUACUCCCUCUGUUCAAUCCCCAGCAGAAGUGUUCACACUUUCAGUACCAAAUAUUUCACUACCAGCUCCAUCACAAUUCCAGCCUUCUGUAGAAGGUUUGAAGUCUCAAGUUGCCCGCCACAGUCUAAACUAUAUACAGGAAAUUGGAAAUGGCUGGUUUGGAAAGGUGCUGCUCGGAGAGAUUUACACCGGCACCAGCGUGGCCAGAGUAGUCGUCAAGGAGUUAAAAGCCAGCGCGAGCCCAAGGGAACAGGAUACGUUCUUGAAAAACGGAGAGCCCUACUAUAUCCUGCAGCAUCCGAAUAUCCUUCAGUGUGUGGGACAGUGUGUAGAAGCCAUCCCCUAUCUUCUGGUGUUUGAGUUCUGUGACUUGGGCGACCUGAAAACUUACCUGCGCAACGAGCCGGAGCCGGUGCGGGGGGACGCGCAGACCAUGCUGCUGCAGCGGAUGGCGUGCGAGAUCGCGGCGGGGCUGGCUGCCAUGCACAAGCUGCACUUCCUGCACAGCGAUUUAGCCUUGCGGAAUUGUUUUCUUACCUCGGACUUAAAUGUGAAAGUGGGAGAUUAUGGAGUAGGAUUCAGCAGGUACAAGGAGGAUUACAUGGAAACAGAUGAUAAAAAAAUCUUCCCUCUGCGAUGGACUGCUCCAGAAUUAGUAACCAGCUUUCAAGACAGACUACUAACUGCAGAUCAAACUAAGUAUAGUAAUAUCUGGUCCCUGGGUGUGACGCUGUGGGAGCUGUUUGAGAAUGCGGCUCAGCCUUACUCCAGCCUUUCCGACGCGGAUGUCCUCAACCAGGUCAUUCGAGAGAGAGACACGAAGCUGCCCAAGCCCCAGCUGGAGCAGCCCUACUCGGACAGAUGGUAUGAAGUCCUGCAGUUCUGCUGGCUGUCCCCAGACCAGAGGCCGGCAGCCGAGGACGUGCACAGACUGCUCACCUACCUGCGGAUGCAAAGCCAGCGGGACUCGGAGGUGGACUUUGAGCAGCAGUGGAACGCGCUCAAGCCCAAUGCCAGCAGCAGAGACGCCGCGAACGCCGCCGCCUUCCCCAUCCUCGACCACUUCGCGCGGGACCGGCUGGGCCGGGAGGUGGACGAGGUGCUCACCGUGACCCAAACCAGCCGGGGCCUGAGCUUCGAGUGCGUCUGGGAGGCGGCCAAGCACGGCCACUUCGCCGAGCGCGACCGCGGCCCCCCAGACGAAGCCCUGUCCUACGCGAGCGUAUUCUUCCCCACCCAAGUUCUUGAGAGUUCGCUCUCAGAGCCCGGGCCCGGGGAGCAAGAUGCCAGCGGCCAGGACGUCCCCCCGCGGGCCCCCGGCGUGGUGCCCGUUUUUGAUGCCCACAACCUCUCUGUCGGAAGCGACUAUUACAUCCAACUCGAGGAAAAAAGCGGUGGCAACUUGGAGCUCGAUUUCCCGCCUGCGCUGCUCACAACCGAAGUGGAUAAUCCAGGAAGAAGCGGGGACGAGGCACCGCAGUGUCUGACCCGCAGGAACCUUGAGUUGGAGGAGUCCAGCACAGACGAGGAUUUCUUCCACCACAGUCCGGACCCCCGGGGCGCCAGCGUCCCCAAGGAUGUGCCUGUCACCAAGGGCCCCGAGAGCCCUUUCAACAGGCUGUUCAGCGAUCACGGCAAAUCGGAGGCCUUGCCCAGUCACCAAAAAAUACUUGACUUGCUGGAGCUCAACGGCGUUCAGGCUGACUUCAAGCCGGGCCCCUUAAGCUCAAGUUUGGAUGACCCCAAAGAGUCAGUGAUGCCACGGCCCUUGGAGAAAGAAAAGCCCCACAGGCUUGUGGACUGCGAGCCUCUUUGCGCAUCAGAAAGCCUCCUGCACCAGGAUCGUCCGGAUUGGCUGGAUGUUGAAGAGUUGUCGGAAAACUUUCUAUUUCUUCAGGAGAAGAACUUACUGAAAGACUCCUCGUCCAGCAAAGGGCUUGUGAACGCUCUUCAGACAGAACUUGGAAAUGCCGGUUCCCCUGAAACUCUGUUAGGAGCUCCGAGUAGAAACUCGCUGGAUGCUGAGCUUAAGGUGGCUGACAACAGACCAGGCUCUUCUUUGUCGCAGGGGAACGUCAGCUCGCGGGGCAGAGACCCAGGCGCGACUCCCGGGGGCAGCCCUGGGGACGCGGCACCGCCACCCUCCCCGCAGGCACCUCCUACCUCGCUCGAAACACAGGGGACGCCUCCAGCUGUGUCCCCGAAGCAGGGCGGAGCCCAGCCCCCGUGUUUGGGGGUCCUUGCAGACGGUCUCUGCCGACAGGCACACCCGGAGGCUGCGCCUGCCCUGGGGGACGUCCCCUCCACCGGCGACGGGUCCCGAGACCCCGCUCCCCAGAGCGAGGCCCUGCGACCAACCCAGAGCCACUCAGUUCUUGUCCGGGACACGUCUGCCGGCGAGGUGAGUAUGGGCAGCGGCCUUCCAGAAUCGAGGCAGAGCUUACAGAGUCAACUGCCCUCACAGGAGCACCGCCGCCGAGGUCUGCCCGAGAGAGACGUGGCCGCUGAGACUCCAAACCAGCCGGAUGGUAAGGAUGCCCCCGCAGAAGAGGGGGGCCUGGUGUCCGCCCUCUCCUCGGACUCUGCCAGUCAGGACAGCCUCUUAGAGGACAGCUUGUCGACGCCCAUCCCAACCUCAGAGCAGUCGGUGGAGACCCCAGACUCUCUGGACUCGGUGGACGUCCACGAGGUUUUGCUGGGCUCCUUAGGCCCUCACACGCCGCAGAAACUCCUGCCCCCCGAUAAGCCCGCGGACAGUGGCUACGAGACGGAGAACCUGGAGUCCCCCGAGUGGACGCUGCACCCGGCCCCCGACGGUGCUGCCGCCCCUGACGCGGCCUCGCUGGGGGACGGCGUUCACGGCGGGUUGGCUCCCAACCCUGUCAUUGUCGUCUCAGACAUAGCUGAUGGGCACCGAGGCACAGAAAUGACCUCGAAGACUGGCGUACCCGGCUCCCAGGGCUCGUACCGUGACUCCGCCUACUUCUCAGACAACGACUCUGAGCCCGAUAAGAGGUCCGAGGGGGUGCCGGGAGCCUCGGUGUCUGCCUCGGGCGAGGACCAGCGCCCCGCUGAGCCCGGCGUCCCCGGGCAGCGUCCCGGUGCCGAGGGCUGUGGCCCGGACACCGGCAGCAGCCCGCCGGACCGAAGCCGUCCCCCCUCUCUGCACACCUCCAGUCACCCGGAGUCAAGGGGACCGUCGGAACCGGCGACAGCCGCCGUGUCCAAGGAGCCCAAGGAGCCGCCCUCUCCCGACGACGACGACGACGACGACGAGGCUGGCAGCCCCUCGAGCCUGCUCAACUCGGAGCUGAGCAGCGGGGAUGACCUGGAGGCCCAGGAGGAGCCCCCCUGCGCGCUGGCUUCCACCGGCACCAACACCAACGAGCUGCUGGCGUUCGCACACCCGCCCCUCCGCUCCGGCGGCCCGGCGGCCCCGGCGGUGGAGCAGCCCUUGGGCGGCCACGGCGAGGGCCCCAAGCUGAAGGAGCCGGACGUGGAAGGCAAGUACCUGGGGAAGCUCGGCGUGUCGGGGAUGCUCGACCUGGCGGAGGAUGGGAUUGACGCGGACGAGGAAGACGAGAACAGCGACGACUCGGACGAGGACCUGCGGGCCUUCAACCUGCACAGCCUCAGCUCCGAGUCGGAGGACGAGACGGAGCACCCGGUGCCCGUGAUCCUCAGCAGCGAGGACGGGCAGCACCUGCGGAGCCUCUUGAAACCCUGCGCGGCCGCUGCCGCGGACCAGCUGCCCAACGACUGGAAGAAAGAAAAGAAGGCGGUGACGUUUUUUGAUGACGUCACCGUCUACCUGUUUGACCAGGAGACCCCGACCAAAGAGCUGGGCCGCUGCGGAGGAGAAGCCCUGGGGCCCGAGAGGAGCAGCCCGGCGCCGUCGUCGGGCUCCCCCUGCCUGAGCCGGUGCCUGAAUUCCGAAAGUUCGACUGAUGAAGAAGGUGGAGGCUUCGAGUGGGACGAUGACUUCUCCCCAGACCCGUUCUCGUCCAAGGCAAGUCACCUCCUCGGGUCCAAGGCUUCUCUUCAGACGUCCAAGUACUUCUCGCCGCCGCCGCCGCCCCGGAGCGCAGAGCCGAGCUGGCCCCACGCGGCGCCCUACUCCCGGUUCUCCAUCUCUCCCGCCACCAUCGCCAGCUUCUCUCUCACGCACCUCACAGACUCGGACAUCGAGCAGGGAGGAAGCAGCGAAGACGGAGAGAAAGACUAGGGGAUGCGGAGGCUCCUCCGGCCCAGGCUGCUCCCCGCGGCGUUCCCAGCUGACCAGCGGCGCCCCCUCGACAGCUGCCGACGCAGGGCGGGGAGGAGGACCCAGGAGGCCGAGGGACAGCGCUGCGGGGUGCCCGGCCCCGGCGUGGCGCGUCCGGCUCGCCCAGUGCAGUUUGCUGCCCUCACGCCCCGCGCCUCUGCCGUCCUGGGAGCCCCGGGCGAUGCGGUGGGGGGGACUGUCGGCGCCGGCUGGGGGUGGGUCCCACGCGAGGUGUCCGUCCUCCACGUCCACACCCGUGCCUCCCACCUGCGCGCAGGGCCCCGGGGCCAGUGGUGGGAAUUGGCAGCAGUGAGCCAUAUUUAUUGUUUUUAAAGAGAUCACUAAUUGCUUUCUGUAAUUGCACUGUGGGUAAAUGUCCUGAGAGCCCCUGAUACUGUACAGAAUCUUAAAUUAUUCAAGGAAAAUAAGGCAGGUCAAGCUGGUGCUAUCCACUAGUUUGAUUUUUUUUUUUCUUCUGUUUUAUAGUUUGUUUGCUCUGCAUGGUACUUGUAAAGCUUCACUAUUUUGAGUGUCAUGCUGUCUUUAGAGUUGUUGGAACUGUACAUACGGUACUUUUUCGUAAAUGAUAAAGUGAUUCUGAAUGUUAGUGUUUUAUGUUCUUAUAGGAAAUAUUUUUGAUGAGUCCCAAAAGACUGCUCUGUUUUGUUGAUUGAAUGAAACACAUUUUUGUCUCUUCUCUGGAAGGUGGUUUCUCUGUUGCACGCGGGGCUUCUCUGGGGAGCAGAAGGGUCUUGCAGCCCCUCUGCGUGAUUCUCCCACCCGCCCCCCCACCCCGACUUUUAAAAACCCUCUCGCUACAAGUGGACAGGGGGUUGAGCGCCCGGCUGCGGUUGGACCGUCCAGGUCCCCGCGGUCCUCUUCCUCUCAGAGCCGCCUCCCCGGCUCGGUUCUCAGAAAUGCGGACGGCGGUGGUCUCGGGGUCCUCGUGUUGCAGCUGCUUCCUGCAGGAAGCUGGGGUUCUCCUGGGCGUAGAAGCUGCUCCACGGAGGGCUGUGGGGCCAGGGAUGCUGGGGUUCAUUCUCUCUGAGCACUUGAGGUGUCGAGCUCCUCGCAGCCCCUGGGGCUGAACUGUUCCCCUGAGAACAACCCUUCCAAUCAUGUCCCGUCCAGGUGUGACUGGUCUGUGUGACCAAGGGGACACAGUCUGUCCUCCGGCCGUGAGGAGGGACAAGGGACAGCGGCGGAGCCUCCACAGCCAGCACGUCCUCCUGGUCGGGACCUCAGGCAGCCCGGGUGGCCGGAGCCCCCGGGCCCAUCUGCACUGACCCCUCCCUUCUUCGUUAAGCACCGAGUCCCCCCUUGCUCUGAAAGGACCGAGCGUGUCCAGUGCAACCUCACGACAUGGGCAGGAACCGGGCGUUUGUGAGAAAGAGCCGACCUCCCUCCGCAGUCCUCGAGUCGUGCUUUGGCAGCAGCAUGGCAGUGCUGCUCUGAGGAGGGUCCGCCUGGGUUCCGGGGGGGCCUCGGGUCUGGGUCCCCACAGGCCCCGCCCAGGGCUCGGCCAGUGCCAGUCGGUUUCCCCACCUCCGGCAGGCCCCUGGGGUGACCGACCGUCCAGGGCCCAGGCCGGGGCUAGAGUGGACGCAGUGUGCCGGGGCCUUUCUUAUCCAUUCUGGCUCACUCCCUUUUCACACGAGCAAUAAUUUCCAGAGCGAGCAGAUUCCGAGGGGAAGGCACACCUCCCCCGCCUCCCCCGGCGUGCGUGGGCCCAGAGCACUGCCAGAGCCGGACCCCAGGGCAUCGGGAGUGAUUUUGCCAAAACUUCUGACUCUGAAUUUCUUGCUAUGAAGACGUCUGAGUUUUCUGAAUUUUUACAUCUACCUACCAGUCUCGGUUGAAAGAGAAGUGAGAGGCAGUUAUACUAGUUUUUUCAAAUUAUAGGUCUAAGGCGUUCCAGUGUAAUGACGAAACUCUAGCAGCUCCGUAGAGUAGUCUUCUUACACAGCCAGCCCGGGACAAGUGCGCUGAUGUUUGGGGGCUGCGCUUUUUCACGACGAUUAAGGAGAUUUUAGCAACAUCAUUCCCAUUUUAAUUUAUCUUAAGGUCUGUAUCGCUUCUCAUAAUUAAUUGCCAAAAACAUUUUAUACACAAAGUCUGGGGGGGGUGGUUGGAGUAGUAGGUCGUCGUGUGGUGUUGCAUGGUUGGGAAGAUUUUAUAUUUAUAAUAAACAUGUGAAUUAACAUGUUCUUUUAAAAUCUCAAGCAAUACACAGGAAAUGAUGUACAUUAAAAUUUUCAGCCCAUUUCUGAAAUGUCAGCAUGUGCUUCGUUGUUUGAUUCAGUUUCUUUUGACUCGGUUACCAGCAGUGGAGUUUUCAACCCGUCCCUGUUCUAAUACGUUACCCAGUGAGAUAACAUCAGUGGAAUUCUCUAGAUACUAUGGGUGAGGUUGGUAAUACCGGGUCCAAAGUGGUGUUUCCCGGCCUCCUUUGGAAUCAGUCUGACUUUGGUGGAGUUUACAUAUCUUAAAUCCCACCAUAAAAAUAAUCUCACCUUCAUUUCCUUCCUAGCUAGAUGUUAAUUUGCGUGAUCCAAUGACUGGGUCCUAAGCCAGAAAGAGAAACGUGGGCACAGUGCCCCCCACAUCCUUCUGACCCUUGGGGCAGUGCAUCUGGGUAAGAAGCCAUUCGUCUUAAGAGUGAAAAGGCUCCAGGAAGCUACUAGCUGAACAGAAAACAGAGCAUCUGUUCUGUUUUUAAAUGUACGGGCGAUCGUUUCUAUAGAAAUGGGUUUUUCUAAGAAAAGUCUUUGUAUUCUGUCUUGCUGCCGUAAAACGCCUUUCAAAACCUCUUCCUUUUACUGACACUUUCCUUAGGUGUUUGUAGGGUCGAUGACUUAGUGCAAGUUUGUCCUGAGGGACGGGGCCCAAGGGAGGCAGCUCCUGGUUUUACUGGACCCAGCCUGUCACCUGAAAAUUCCAGAAGUGAACAGGCUGCAGACGCUGGGUUUCCGUUAGGAGGGGCUUCAAGAUAGUAGCCUCAGGAGAAGUAGCCUUACCGUAAGAAGGCGUGCACACGGUAACUUCAGAUUUAAAUCUCCAGAAAAACACGUUCCUAAGUACUAAGGGGGUCGGCCUAAGUCUUGGCUCUCCGCAAGGAAAACCCUCUCUCCAGUAUAUGAACAAACUCUUACAAGACGUGUUGCCGGUAUUGAAUUACCAACAACCUGUUAUCUGAGUGGCUGGAACAUGGUUAAGGUGUUCGGGUUGGCACAGGUGUAGACAGAUCUUAAUAAAAGACCGCUGUGUGUACCCACCGCUUCAUGCCAGCUGCAAGUGAGGCUCCCCCCCCCCCACCGCCAGGUUUCCCGAUUGAGCUUUAAAACCGUUGCAAGAGGUUCACGGCAAUAUAACAGUUAAUAAACUUUCAGUUGAAAUUGUGUACAUUUUUACAUUGUAAGAUUUUUACUGUAUAUUGAUGCAUAGUGUGAUUCAAUAAAUUGCUUGUAAUUUAAAAACUAUUUAAUAUUCAAAAUAAAUAUAGUUAUAUAUUUAUAAACUCUG